AUGAUUACUACUCGGGGAGGGAAAACGCGGCGACAAGCGGAACUGCGCGCCAAAUAUGAGGCUGCGGUAGAAUCUCUGAUGGACGAAAUCUCUGCCGGGGACAAAGAGACCUUCUCCUCACUAGAGCUCCAGAAUAUGGGCGUGGACCUGAUUCCGUUCGACUUGGAGGACAAUGAGUUCUUAGAAUCGUACGCUUGUCUGUUCCAACCUCGUUCCACAGAGUUUAUUGCCGAUUACCACGUCGAGAUGUCGCAAGUGUCAGGUCAAGGGGCUCUCAGCGCCUUAGAGUUCCCUGACUUUUCACCAGAUGGAGACAAACUGCUCUCGACUCCCCUGAAAGCUGCCGACCAGAUCUUCAUGGGAGACGAUCCCUUUUACGAAAUGGACGGAUGGUACCCCAGACCGUUCAACAAGACUUCGAUGCCAGACUGGGAAUACUUGAAACUUGUGCAGUACUAUUCCAAGGAUCUUGAAAUAGUCAAAACCAUACCACACGUUCAGCUCUUCAUGGCCAAUGAAUUUGUUGUCCAAGACAACAACAUCGAGUCUGCGCUUCUGCCGGGCGAGAUUGGGCCUGUGGCCCAGGCAAUCCAAGCCCGUCUACGUCAGACUGAAUUCCAAAAAACAUCUCUCUUCCCUGUCCAGGUGUUCUCCUUUUUUGGCCCCCGCCAUGGCCGUAUCAUCCAGGCUCAUUUCAAUCCCUCUGGCCGGCUGGUUAUGCGCGUCUCGCAGACCUAUAGCUUUGAACGCAAGGACGAAGACCUCGCCAGGCGCUUUCUGUGCUUCCGGAUGUGUCAGCCGGGUGCUGGGGAAAAAUACGAAUUCCACACGGACCAGGGCUCGCCGGGUAUACCACAAAGUCUUUCUAGUCCCAUGCAAGAGAAUAUGAAUUCCCAUCUGCCAGUUUCACUCCCAGCCCGGGCAGCGAGAAUGGUAAUCUAA